AUGAUCCACAUGCCAAAUGCCGCCGUUGCUUUGGAUCAGCGAUUGACGGGUGGGCGGGCGACUGCCUGGCUGGGCAGAUUUGCGCAUACCUUCAUGUAUGGCCGCCAUCCUACGGUGCUCAUCUUCUUCUUUCUCCUCCUAUCAGUCGGAGAGGUCAUGUAUCUGCCUGGUGUCUGGCCCCGCAUGUCGACACUGAGCCGGAUCAUCGGUGCCGUCUCCAUUAUUCUGCCUUACUGGUUCCUCUAUCUGGCCGCCUUCAAGGACCCGGGUGUCAUCACUCCGACGACUCAUUCAAAGUACAUGAGCAAGUAUCCUUACGACUAUGCACUUUUCCAUCCGGGACAAGUCUGCCGGACCUGCAACAUUAUCAAACCAGCUCGAUCAAAGCAUUGCUCCGUCUGCAAUCGUUGCGUUGCCAAGAUGGACCACCACUGCGUCUUUAUCAAUACAUGCGUAGGCUACGAAAAUCAGGGACAUUUUGUCCUGUUACUACUCACAACGGCCUGGCUUCUUACUUUCGGUGCUGUACUCGGAACCAGGAUGAUAUGCGAAGACAUUCAGGCAAGGCAUCCGGGUUGGCGACUUUGGAAGCCCAGCCGCUUUAGCUGGCACGAUUACCUCAUCCUUUUGACCUUUGGCAUCCAGGACCACGUGGGCAGGGGAGGAGUGACCUUGCUUACCUUGAUGACUUCGCCUCUGGUUUGGGGAUUGCUCGGCUACCACAUUUACCUAAUCUAUUGUGGAACGACGACAAACGAGAGCAUGAAAUGGCAGGAUUGGCAGGCCGAAAUGGAUGACGGUUUCGCCUUCAAGCGCGCAAUGCCCACCGAUCGUGUAAAGGACCCGCGCUGGGAACCGACUUGGACGAGGUGGCCAGUCGAGACCAUGCAGGUGUUGGUCCGGACAGAAGACGGAAGCCCGCCGGACCCUCAGGGCGCGCCGGGCGUGGGCGACUGGGAGAGGGUAUGGCAUUUGCGCGACGUUGAGAACCUGUACGAUCUAGGUUUCUGGGACAAUCUGCUGGACGUUCUCGUACCUGGGUAUUCAUUCCGCGACGAGCUGGUCACAGAUGAGGAAAGGGGACGCCGGAGCAAGAAGCCAAAGGAGACGCGUGCUAGUGCUAUAGUUGAUGCUGCUACGUGA